AUGACGACCGAGACCAUAAGGUAUUUGAAGGACCAGGCAGACCCAAGAGACAAGGGCGAGUAUCUAAAUCGUGCUGAAGUCAAUAACCUCUUUUCGACCUUCAACAACGGACAAACUGAUAUAAGAGUACGGACUUACGGCGGCAGCCACUAUGAGGGCAUCUUCGGCUCCAAAGGCCCUGAGGAUUACCACGCGAGCAUAAACACGCAGCGAGACGAAUGCCAGAGCAAUGAAGUGGAAAGCGCCAACGACGCCGACGAUCCGCCCUGCAUUGCUAGCAUUGACGUAUUCUGGAGGAAGGCCAUCCAUCGUUACUUCAUGAUUGUGAAUCUGGAGAGGGUAGAAAGAGAGCAGCAGCGACGAUGA